GCUACCGGCGCCUCACGGCUCGUUCCCACAGGUCACACGUCCACGGCAUCGUCGUGUGCAGCGCUCGGCCCUACUCCAGACCCAGGCGCAGAGCUCGACUUGCUUUGUACACGGCACAGCGCGGUAGCCACAGCGCGGGGCAGCACCUGGUCGGCAGAUGGUCGGCCGAGAAUUGGCACCUGAGGUCACGCACGGUCGUGCGCGGGGAGCGCUACGCGCCGAUGCUGGGCCUGCGGCUAUGCGCUGUCGUCGCGGUGCUCGCCGUCGUGGCCUCGUCGGCCGAGGGCGCUCGCAGCGCGCUGUGUUUGUCCCAGCGCGGCGCGUCGGCGCCUUCCGUGCUGGCCCAGGAAGCGCGGUUCAAUCCGCCGAGUCGCUGCCGGGGAUGGCCGCUCCUGCGGAAGCUCGAACACGGGGGCGACGUCGUCGGCGUGGGGCCGCGCGUCACGGCGAAUGGCACGGUGACCCUGGACGUAGUCGCGUGCGGCGCCAACGCCACCUGGCACCGGUCCCUGAGCGUCUUUCUCAGCGUCUACUCGGACCGCGUCCGCGAUGCGGUGCUCGCGCGCGCGCCUCGCGGCGCGGGCGCGCUACGGCUGGCGUGGGCGGCAGUGCACAAAUCAAAUUUCGCGGCGCUUCUCCGCCCACGGCUACAUCAUGACCUCCACGCCAUCGACGCGACGCCUGUUCGACGGCGUGGCGGUGCCCGUUCCUCGGUGACGCACUGGUUGAUUCGCACACAGGUGGGCGGCGCCCGAGGCCGGCGAGUACACCUUCCUCCCGCGGCUGCACUUUUACGGCGACGACUGCGACGGCGCGCCUCCGGUCUACCUCGGCGGUUCCGAGCCGCGCUGCGCGCCGCGUCAAAAGUGCCGGACGCCGCGGCUCCAGGGCGCCUGCGACAAGCUCGCCAUGGUGCCGCAGGCGGGGACGCGCGUCGCCGUCAAUGACGUCCUCGCGCCGACGCGGCGUCCGGGGCGCCAGUGCCGCGACGGAGCGACGGCCGACGGCACGUGGGUCCGCUUCUCGCGCGACGGCCGCGGCGGGGCGGCGGGGGGGUACAGCGGGUCGCCGUGGUCGACGCUCGUCGAGCGGUCCGCCCACCGGCACGACCGAAAGAUGGCGCCGUGGCGCUUCUCGCGGCCGGACUGCGACUAUCAUUUCUUCGCCGCAAGCGAGGGCGCCGCGUGCCUUGACGAUGUGUUCGUCGCCUACGUCGGCGACUCGCUCGUCCGCGGGCUCUACGCGACGACAGUGCGCCUCCUCGGCGGCGCGACCGACGACGACCGGAUCAAGGCGGCCCAGGCGGCCACCGCGCAGAGGACCAGGGGCGGGGCUGGCUCCAAUCCCGAGUCCCAGACGACCUUCACCGUCGGCGGAGCGCGGCUCGCCUACGCGAACAUGUGGGCCGGAUCGGAGCUCCCGAGCGUCCGGAGGGUCCUGGCCCAGGAGCUCAGGCGGCCGGGGCGGCCCUUCGCCCGCAUCGUCGUCGUCGCCAACUGGGGCGCCGAGCACUCGGUCGCCGCCGCCUGCGACGCCGUCGAGGCCAAAUUCGGCGAGCAGGCCCGGGCCGCGCUGCGCGCCGUCAGGCAGGUCGCCGGCGCCGGCCGGCCCCUGUCGCUCGUGCUCGCCACGCCGACGGCGCUCCUCGCGCGCCGCAACCCGGGCAUGUCCACGACCAAGGCCCUCCAGCUCGCGUCCGUCCUCGAGCGCCAGGCGGCCGACGCCCGCGCGGCGGGCGUCGCGGAUGCCAGGGUCCUCGAUCUCUCGAACCUCACGCUGGCUCGCUUCGACGACGCGACGCUCGACGGCGUCCACUACGGGCAGACCGCCGCAACUAUGGGCGCGACCGUCCUCCUCAAUAUGCUCUGUCGCCGCCCGGAGCGUGAGCAGCAAAAUGAAUAAAUGAAUAAUUAGAAAUCGA